CACGUGUAGAAAUCUCAUUGAAAGUUUGUUGGAAAGGUGGUGAUCUCCUUGCAGCUCUUUUACUGGAUUCAUCAUCCUGCGAUCAUUGUGAAUCGCAUCCUGAAUAGAAUGCCUUUAUCCGUCAUCGAUCCAAGUCCCUACCAGGCUUCUUAUCUCCGAUCCGACAGUUGCAUGCGAAGGGAAUUGGUCAGGGGCCCGGACCACCUCGCGUAUCUUUCGAUAGCAUCAUGCAAAUCCCCCAACAACCUAACGUCAUUUCAUCCAAGACCAUUCAUUAUAAAGACUGACAUCCGGCAAAACUACCAACUCCCUGAAGUCAAGUCGCGAAAUACCUCAUAUCCAAUAUCCAGUAAGCUCGAACAGGGCUACGAAUUCAUUAGUGACGGCAACAACAAUGGACUACAUCCCCUUUCUCUCGGGGGGCGUCUCCUUCAACCCCCGCACCGAUAUCCCCUCUUCUGCUCUCCAUGGCAAAACCAUUCUCGUGACAGGUGGCAACGCCGGCCUUGGCAAGCAAUCCAUCCUCGAAUUCGUCCGCCAGCCCGCCGCCUCUCUCCCUUCGCGCAUCUGGCUCUGCUCCCGCUCCCUCGAGCGCGCCCAAUCCGCCAUCGACGACAUCUCUGCCGCCGUCCAGUCCUCCGGCAUCAACUCCGACUUCGACGCCUCUUCCAUCAUCAAGCCCCUCGAGCUCGAUCUCACCUCCUUUGACUCCAUCAAAUCCGCCGCCCGGACCGUCCUCGCCGAAAGCGACCGCCUCGACAUCCUCAUGCUCAACGCCGGCAUCAUGGCCGCCGCCACCGGCGUCACCGCCGAAGGCUACGAGAUCCAAUUCGGCACCAACCACGUCGGCCACGCCUUGCUCACCAAGCUCUUGCUUCCUCUCCUGCUCAAAACCGCCCGCAGCGCCAAGGGUAACGACCUCCCCCAGCCAGCGGACGGCACCCCUACCGCGCCUCCGGACGUCCGCGUCGUUGUCUUGUCUUCUGAAGGCCAUCGUCUUCCGCCUCUGUUGGGCAUCAACUUCGCGACUUUGAAAUCAGACCAGUCCUCCAUGUUGACGUGGCAGCGCUACGGCCAAUCCAAGCUCGCCAACAUCCUGUUUGGCAAGCAGCUUGCUGCGCAUUAUCCGGAGGAGCUGACGGUGGUGGCGCUGCAUCCCGGCGCGGUCAACACGCAGCUCUUCCAGCCGUUCCGCAAUAGUGGGUGGAUUGGGUGGGCGGUCACGGGGUUCCUCAAAUUCUUUUUGAGCACGGUGGAGGAUGGAGCGAAGAAUCAGGUGUGGGCGGCGACGGCGCCGAGGGAGCAGGUGCAGAGCGAUGGGAAAGGCAAGUGUGCGUAUUUCUUGCCGGUGGGGAAGAGGGUGGGAGAAAGUGGAUGGGCGAAGGAUGAGGAGUUGGCGAGCAAGUUGUGGCAGUGGACAGAGGGGGAGUUGGAGGGGCAGGAGGUUGAUGCUUGAGCGGGAGAUGCUGCGAUGCAUGAAGCGUGAGGUGUUGGGGAUACGUACACUAGAUGAUGGAUUGGAGCGGAACUCUUCCCGAAUACAUUAGGCACCUUGGAGUGGCUUGUCCUUCAGUACCGGAGAGCUAGAAGAUCUCUUAUACGCCUCUGUCUUUGGUGUAUCUUCGACACACUGGCUAUCAAGUUCUGUUUCUUCUAGCUUUCAGUCCGGGCGCACCGGGAUCAACUCAGGGGCACUAGUCGUGUUAGAGUCUAACGUGUCGAUAGUGGUUUUCAACCUUUCUAUACAACUUGAUAGUUCUGGGAUACAACAGCGGUAUAUGACAUACAUUCGAACUCG